AUGCUGUCGUCGAUCUCGUCGAUCUUUCGGGCAAGCCGCGAACCGUCGGACGCGGACCCUGCGGUGGUCACUGCGCCGGAGGCCGAGCCCGCGACGGAGCCGACCGAGGUGCUCGCGGGCGCCGACGAGGCCGUGAAGGAGGUGCACCCGAUUCGGCGCAAGCUCAGCAACAUCCGCCGCCGGCUCUCGCUCCUUGGCCGCUCCAAGGGCCUCGAUACAAGCUUGCAAAACACAGAGGAAGACGACCAAGACGGAGGCAACGACGACGUCGAGUCUGUAAACGACACGCAGCAAAAGCUGUCCGACAUGAUCGCGACCAAGUCGGUGGUCGAGAUCCAAAACGAAGCCAAGAGAAUAUGCGCCAUCCUGAGCGGUGAUGUCAAGAAGCACCUCAAGAUCCUCAAGACACUCGACGCCGCCAACCCGGUCCUGGACGACGUCAAGAAAGCGAUGGCCGAAGCCAACAUUUGGCUUGUCCAGUGCUUGAGCGCACCGAGCGUUCCACGCUGCGAAGCCGACUGCAUCAAAGAGGCCAAGCUCAGUCAGCAAUACCACGCCGAGCGUUGCCUCCUCGACGCCAAUGCGAUGGCCGUUGCCGAAAUCAAGCGCCUCAGCGAUCUCGCCCACUCCAACACGGAGCCCAAAGCCCCUGGCUUUUCUGUCGAUCCGUGA